CGCCCGCCGCGCUGGGCCCCUUUGCGCAGCCGCUGCUGCAGCUCGCCAGCGGCCUGCUGGAGGCCAGCAGCACGCCGCCGCGGCUGCUGGGCCCGCUGCUGCGGCUGCUGCUGGCGGCGCUGCCUGCCGUACCGCUGGCGGCGCUGGGGCAGGGCUUUGGUGACCUGGUGGACCUGCUGUGCGGCUGGGCGCUGGAGCCGCUGGUGGCGCACGAGGACAGGAACCUAAUUACGGUGGUCCUACACGCGCUGCGGCCGCAGUGGCACAGCCACCCUGACUUCACAGCCUCCCUCACUGACAACAUGCUGAACGACGCCAGGACAGCUGCAGCAGCUGCCACUGGCUCCGGCAACCCAUCCCCUUCAACCACCGCCGCCGCCGCCGCCUCCGACAGCGGUCGCUCUGAGGCAGCCAACCAGGCCGCCUCGUGCAUGCAGCUCUUGCGGCUCCUCUGCGACAUCUUCUCCGCUGCCUCGCUGCGGCAGCUGCCCCUGGUCACGCAGCCUCCGCGCCCCACCUCGGGCGCCGUAGAGGAGCACAACGGGGCACACGGGCUGCAGAGACCCCGCGGCUCACAGCCCCAGCAGCCGCAACUUGCGCCUGCUCUCCAAGCGCCACCCCAGAUGGGUCAGCGGGGCGGUGUCUUGCCGGCGGGUGCAGUGUACCCUGCCGUUGUGCCCGCGCCCACCGUCGCUGCUUAUCCCCACACCCUACAGCACCCCCACUCACAUCACUACACACACCAGCUCCCCCAGCAACCCCCCAUGCAGUAUCCGCUCCAGCACCCGCACCAGCUCCUCCAUCCGCAAUCACCACCGCCACUGCCGCCCCACCUCCGCACGGCUGCUUCGCCGCUGCACCUGCCGCAUGGAGCACCCGCAGCCAUGCAUGUGGGCUCCCUGGCUGGAGUUAUGGCGGAGCGGCCGGUUGCUGCGACCGCGGCCCCGUGGGCCCUGGUCGCCAUGCUGCCGACGCGGCCGAGCGCUGCCACCGUACGGCACCUUAUAGACUUGUUCCCCAGGAUCUUAGCUACUCUGAGAGAAGUACGACAGAUACUAGUAAGGUUGGGUAAGGAGGUGUUGGGUGUAAGCGGGCGCGGCUCAGCUGCAGCGCACACAGCGUCGCCGGCGGCGGCAGCUGCAGGGGAGUCCUGGUCGGGACAAGUGUGCAGCUGCGUGGAGCUGCUCGUAGACAGUCUCGUAACCUGUGUCGUGGACAUGGACCCACGGGAUGUGGAUGAGGUGUGGGAGAGAGUUGGAACUGAAGUGGCGGAGCGUUUAGCGACGCUUACGUUGCGGGACGAGGUGGUUGCACUACCCGCGGAACGCAGCAGCAGCAGCGGGCGUGCAGGUACCGGUCCUACUCCCACACCCGCGGUGUCAGCGCCGCCAACGGUGAGCGCGGUCAUGCCGGCGCCAGAGCGCGUAGUUGAGGAGGUUGCCGCGUACGGCAUUGUUGGCAGCGCUGCGGUAGCAGCCUUACCGGAGGCCCUUGCCGCUUUCCAAAGCGCUGCGAUCUGUGGGGCAGCGGGGCAGGCGAGCGGCGGUGGCGGCGUCGCUGACGCAGCGGCUAAAGGGUCGCAGAAGCCGCCACUUGUUGUUGCGUUGGAGGAGUCUGGCGUUGCUGCUGCACCAGGUUGCGGAGAGUCGAUUCGCGUUUGGGUUUUGCAGACGGCCAUUGAGUGGUUCCUUUCGCUGUUGAGCAGCGGUGGCGGUUGUGCGAGCCCCGCAGCUGCUAUGGAGGUGAUGCCUUAUUGCUUGCGGCUGCUAAGGAAGGCUGUGGACUACGACCCGCGGGUCGCAAGACGGCUGCUCUUGGCAGUCGUACUCGAUGGCAAGGGCGAGUCGAACGUCGUCAGUCUCAGGACCUCCCCACGUGCGCCUUUGGUUGCGACUGCUGGCAAGCUCCUGCACGCCCUGCUAGCCGACUGCCACACGACCAUGUCGGCAGCAACCUUGGACUGGCUGCUAAGGGACCUGCGCGCUCAGCUGCGCGCGCAGGGCGCAGCGGAGCCAGCAGCACCGCAGGACUGGGCCCACGGGGCGCGCCUUGAACGGCCGCGGAAGCCGAAAGGAGCUGCUGCCGGUGCCGUUGCUGGCUCUGCUGCCUAUGCCUCGGCCUCCGCAGCUGCGUUCGAUUGCGCUGUGCUGCAAGCAGCUUGCCAGCGGGGGCUGCUAGCUCCCAGGGAGGUGCUGCUUGUGGAGUCAACUGCAUGGCGUGCAAUGCUGGAGCUUGCGGCUCCCCAUAACCCCAGUCGGUCACCCUUUCCCGCCUCGUGUCUCUCCUCGGGUUCGGACCCAGGGCGGCAGCCAGCAGCAGGCGCGCCGUCGCCGCCGGCAGCUGCAGCAACGUCGCCAGUAGAGGAUGCCUUGGGGCCUUCCGUUGCGGCCCAAGCAGGCACGCUCGCGGCUAGCUUGCCAACCGCAGUCAUGGACGUCACAGCUCUACAAGCAUCUCCACCCGCAUCGGCUCUCUCGGCCCUUGUCGGACCACGUGCGAUGACCCCGCUGCCCGCCUCCGUUGCCUCGGCGCUCUGCGAUGCUUGGGCUGCUGCGGCACUGACCAUCAUUGCUGAUGUCGGCCGGGGUGACUCCGCCGCUGCUCCUCCUGCCGCUGCUCCUCCUGCCGCUCCUGCCGCGCUUGCUGCUUCCCAAGCCGCGCCGCCAGUUCGCGACCAGCAGUCCGCCGCUGCCAAUUCUGCACGCCCUGCGGAUUCCAGCCCUGUGAUGGCGGCCGGGAUCGAACGGGAACAUUCCGCUGUCACAGCGACCGUUACGGCUUACCUAGCAGCACUCCAGACGCUGCAGAUGGGGGCAAGCAGCGCCGCGGCGGCCGCUGUGCAACUCCGUGUCAUAGCGGCGCUUCGACGGCUGCUGGCACACCACACCGCUGGAACCCUUGGCGUCAUUCGCCGCGAGCGGGUGUUUGCAGUGGCGCUGGGCUUGCUUACUGAAGGCAUAGCCAGCAACGAUGCCGGCGUCCGUGCCGCUGCCCUGGAUUGCGCGGCCGCGCUUGUAGCUCACGUGCUUCAGGACCACCCACCAGCCUCCAACGCUGCUGCUCCCAUUGCCGCCGGUAUUUCAACUCCAGCACCACCACCCGGAACACUCCCACCGCCACCCCGUCCGGAGCGCCUCGCACCCCUCAUGUCGCUCGCACUCGACGCCCUGACGGAUACCUCGGCAGAUGUAUCCGCCUCCGCGGCGCGACUCGCAGCCGUCCUCUCCGAGCCGGCGCUGCUGACGGCGCUGUCAUGUGGCCCCGCCUCCUACUGCACCUGGGUGCCCGACUGGCAGAACCAGCUGGCAGUGGCGCCGCAGCUGCGGCUGCCGCGGCCCCAGCACGUCGCGCGCCUGCUGGAGCUCGUGUUCCAGUCCGCAGCGGCGGCGCAGGGCAGCGUGCUGCUGCGCAAGCGCGUGCCGGCAGCUGGCGCGGCGGGGGCAGGAGCGGGUGAGGAGGGCGAGCUGAGCGGCCGACUCGAGGCCUUGCAGCGCCUGGCGCUCGGGAUGGCGCCGGUAACGCUGGAGGCGCCAGAGGGUGGUGAGGAGGUUGUGGGUAGAGGUAAGGGUGAGGAGGCUGCUGUGCCGCGUAGCGGCUCGGCGCUGGUGUGGCUGGCGCUGCAGGAGGGCGCCAGGCAGCUGGUGUCGGGCCGGCUGCGGACGCAUCUUGGCGGACCCACGCAGACACUGGGCGCACUGGAGCGAAUGCUGCAGGUUACUUACUCCAGGCUGUCACAGGAGCGGCGCGAGGCUGGCCCGGCGGGCGUAGGAGCCGCCAGCCGUGAGUCGGCUUGGCUGGCCUUGGAGUUUGCGGGCGCCUUGGAGCGGGCUGUGGCGCAUGCGGCGGAGGGACAUGCAGGGCGGGACGUCCUGCCGCAGCCCGUGCUGGCCUUCUUUGCUGCGAACCGGAAGGUGUGUGAAGAGUGGUUCACUCGGGUCCGGGAGCUGCUGGCGCGUAUCGCCUCGCUGGCAUCUGCGCACCACGCCGCCAUGCAUCACGGCCUCACGCGGCUCCGAGACCUGCGGGGCACCAUGCGGCAGCUGCUGAGGAGCUUGACGCACGAGCGCAAAGCAGCAGCAGCAGCGGCUGCUGCCACGGCCGUGCAGCAAGGCCCUGAGGGCAAAGCCGCUGGCGGCGGAAGCGGUGGGUCAGACGGAGCUCAGACCACACCACCCGCAGCGUCCGCCGCCACCUCGGCACCUGCGACAGGAGGGCGAACAGGGAAUAAGCAGGUGCAGCUGCAGCGGAAGGGUGGAGCUGCUGGGGGCUCAGGAGCCGCGCAGCAGCAACAGCGUGGGUCAGCACCCGCAGCAGCAGCAGCGGCGGCGGCGGCAGCAUCGACUUCGGGUACGGGUCCCACAGUGCCUGGGUCGCCGGCACCUUCCGUUGCUGAGGGCGUUGCGGCUGCCGCUGCUGGUGCUGCAGCCCCGACGGCGGUUCAGCAGUUGGAGAGCAGCUUGUCGCGUCUGGCGCUUGCGGUGGUGGAGCUGCUAAAGCUGGUGGGAGGCGCCAUGCUGGCGGCAGGGGAGCCGGACAGCCUGCAGGGUCUUCAUAGCUGGGCCAUGCGCGAGUUCGAGCCUCUCCUUCUGGGAGCGCACUUGCCCGGGGCAUCCGUUGUGGCUGCUGCUGAAGCAGCGGCGGCGGCAGACGCGCUAACAUCAGCCGCCGGAACCGGAACAUCCGUGGGCGUAGGGCUGGGCGGUGCUUCACCCAGAACCAGCGGCACUGCUGGGGGCUCGCGGCGGCGACCGGAGGCGACGCGCGCAACACGUAGUGGCAGCAAGCAGCAGCAAAAGG